UUCUAGAGAUGACGUAGAGAAAUGGCGCCAUCCAGCGCUUGUCAGAAGUGAAACUGUCCUAUACAAAAGCUUGAAAAAACAACAACUACACGAUAACAGUCUGGAGUGAGCAACGGAGCAAAACCCAUGAGCAAAACACGUGUUGCCUACUCUUCCAAACUUUGAAAUUUGUAUUUUGUAACAUUCCUCAAUUCGCCCUCAAAGGACAUGUCUAUCCUGUUGUCAGUGCUGGCCGGUGUGCUGGCCGUGUACAUACUGCUCUAUUACACCGUGUUUAAAGGAGCUAGAUUUAAGAGCAGUGUCUCGUUAAAGGGUAAAACAGCAAUUGUAACAGGAAGUAAUACAGGCAUUGGAAAACCCACAGCCUUGGAUCUAGCCAAGAGAGGGGCCAGAGUGAUCCUCGCCUGCCGAAACAAACAGAAAGCUGAAGCUGCAGUUUAUGACAUAAGAAAGGAAAGUGGGAACUCCCAGGUACUGUUCAUGCCACUGGACCUGGCCAGUUUAAAGUCAGUGCGAGAUUUUGCUGAGACUUUUCUGAAGAGUGAACCGAGGCUGGACUUGCUCAUUAACAAUGCAGGUGUUAUCGCAUCAGGCAAAACUGACGAUGGCUUUGGCAUGGCGUUCGGCGUCAACCACCUGGGCCACUUUUUGCUGACGCUGUUGCUGUUGGAUCGUCUGAAGCAGGCAGAGCACAGCCGCGUUGUCAACGUGUCCGCCCUUCUGCAUCGGUUGGGUUCUGUGGACUUCAACCUCCUCAACACCCACAAGGAUCUGGUCACAGGUCAGUCUUCCUGGUACGCAUUCAGAGCCUACUGCCACAGCAAACUCUGCAAUGUGCUCUUUACCCGUGAGCUCGCAAACCGCUUGGAAGGAACAAGUGUCACCUGCUAUUGCCUGCAUCCAGGUGUCAUAGCCACUGAGAUUGGUCGAAAUAUGGGUUUGGUGCAGAAGCUGGUUUACCCGAUCAUGUCCAAGCUGUUUUUCCUGGACCCUGAGGGAGGUGCGCAGACCACACUAUACUGUGCUUUGCAGGAGGGACUCGAGCCUCUGAGUGGACGCUACUUCUCUUCCUGCGCUCUGCAGAAUGUUAGCGCUGACGGACGGGACGAUGCCCUGGCCAGGAAGCUUUGGGAAGUGAGCGAGAGGCUGUGUGGCCUAGCUUAAGUCAGCACAUGCAGGUUUGUGGAACAAUAGAACUCCACACACACAAGCAUUAUGAGUAUACGCUGUUGAGGUUCUUCAUUUAAUUCAAAGGUGCACAUGUAGCUGAGGUGGCUGGUUUUUGCAUUUAAUAUAUAUAUAUUGUUUUAAAAUAUUUUGUUGCUUUACAUUAAUACAAUAAUAUAAAUUAGGGGUUCACACUCGUAUUUCAUUUCUGCUUGAUACCAUAACCUGAUCAUUUAUUUGUGUUAUGGACCUAUACAUUGAUGUAAAUUGUCUUACCUGAUUUAGGCAUCAGAACAUUAUAAUGUUCAGAAUGAAAUAUGGAUAUUCGUUUUGAGAUUUGUAAAGAUUAUAUCUAACAUUAUUAUUAUUAAAUUAUUAUUAUUUUUUUAAGAUUGACUAAA